AUGAGGUUAUGCCUUCAAAGUUUCACAGCUACCUUACUGGCUGUCUCUACGCUGGUCACAGCCGACGGUCUACCAAAUGGUUUAACGACAGCAUCGCAAACUCAUCGGCGGGACAAUAACAGCACCAUCGAUACACCAUCUCUCCAAGAAGAUUUGGCAGAAAGUAUCGACGCCAUUCAUCAAGUUCUCAGCACUGCCGGAAUAGGCCAAGUUGACGAUGACUACGCCAAAGCGAUAGAUGCUGCCAACGAGCUGCAACCGGUUCUAGGGUCCUGGGCCACAGCCAGCGAUUUCGAUCUUGAUGCAUGGGCGGCCAUGAUACAGGCAUGCGCAGCUGUCGAUAGCUGCGAAAUCAUCGACGUGCCCACCGGAAAGCCCGUCGACCUGUCAAAGCUCCUUGGCGAUGGAAAGCAUGGGAGACGAGACCGGGCAAAGGUCCUAACGUUAGUCGGUUCUGCCGUGCUUGUCACCGCUGGCGUGGCUCUGAUCGUGGUUACUGGAGGUCUUGCAGCUCCCGCCGAAAUAGCUGCCGCCUCCCUCGUUGCAGGAGGCCUUGCCUCUAUGGAAGUCACAGGCGUCACUGCAGACGUCAAGGAAAAGACAGUAACGAUGGUCUUAUCGUUUGUGAAAGAUAACUUUCAGUGA